UCAUGACUUCCAACUGUGCUGAAUCUAUGAACAACGUUAAUGUCUUUGCAAGGGAGUAUUCUAUAUCAAAACUGAUUGAUUUCUUGAGGGAAAGAAUGCAGCAAUGGUUCACCGAAAGGAAGGAAAGCGCUGAAAAAACACGCACAAUUCUGGCACCCACACGUGAGAAGCAUCUGGUGACCCUUCAAGGACAAGCUUGCAGGAUGCAGGUCAAGCCAGCAUCUUAUACAGAGUUUGAAGUGGUGGAUAGGCAUUGUCGGUCCUUUGUAGUUGAUCUUAAUUCUAAGACAUGCAGUUGCGGGGAGUUUCAAUUAUCUCAUUUCGUUUGUGUCCAUGCUGUUUCUGCUAUUGCUACCCGCCCAGCCAUGUCAUG